GAGGGGGGGCCCGCGGAGGAGGAAGCCCACCAAGUCCGGCAGCGGCGGCAGCGGCGGCCGGGAGGCGGAGGACACGGCGGCGGCGGGGACGCGGUGACUUAGGGCCGCUCCGUUCUGCUUUUUUUCCACCGAUGUAACAGACCUGGAGCCAGCGAGACUCAGAGGAAAAGACUUAAUCAGGUUUAUGUGUCCUAAAGGUUAUGAAGACAGUAUGGAGUUUCCAGACCAUAGUAGACAUUUGCUGCAGUGUCUGAGCGAGCAGAGACAUCAGGGUUUUCUUUGUGACUGCACUGUUCUGGUGGGAGAUGCCCAGUUCCGAGCGCACCGAGCUGUACUGGCUUCAUGCAGCAUGUAUUUCCACCUCUUUUACAAGGACCAGCUGGACAAAAGAGACAUUGUUCAUCUGAACAGCGACAUUGUUACAGCCCCAGCCUUCGCUCUCCUGCUUGAAUUCAUGUAUGAAGGGAAACUCCAGUUCAAAGACUUGCCCAUUGAAGACGUGCUAGCAGCUGCCAGUUAUCUCCACAUGUAUGACAUUGUCAAAGUCUGCAAAAAGAAGCUGAAAGAGAAAGCCACCACGGAGGCAGACAGCACCAAAAAGGAAGAAGAUGCUUCAAGUUGUUCGGACAAAGUCGAGAGCCUCUCGGAUGGCAGCAGCCACAUGGCAGGCGAUUUGCCCAGUGAUGAAGAUGAAGGGGAAGAUGAGAAACUGAACAUCUUGCCCAGCAAAAGGGACUUGGCGGCCGAGCCUGGGAACAUGUGGAUGCGAUUGCCCUCGGACUCAGCAGGCAUCCCCCAGGCUGGCGGAGAGGCAGAGCCACACGCCACAGCAGCUGGAAAAACAGUAGCCAGCCCCUGCAGCUCAACAGAGUCUUUGUCCCAGAGGUCUGUCACCUCCGUGAGGGAUUCGGCAGAUGUUGACUGUGUGCUGGACCUGUCUGUCAAGUCCAGCCUUUCAGGAGUUGAAAAUCUGAACAGCUCUUAUUUCUCUUCACAGGACGUGCUGAGAAGCAACCUGGUGCAGGUGAAGGUGGAGAAAGAGGCUUCCUGUGAUGAGAGUGAUGUUGGCACUAAUGACUAUGACAUGGAACAUAGCACUGUGAAAGAGAGUGUGAGCACUAAUAACAGGGUACAGUAUGAGCCGGCCCAUCUGGCUCCUCUGAGGGAGGACUCGGUCCUGAGGGAGCUGGAGCGGGAGGACAAAGCCAGCGACGACGAGAUGAUGACCCCCGAGAGCGAGCGGGUCCAGGUGGAGGGCGGCAUGGAGAGCAGCCUGCUGCCCUACGUCUCCAACAUCCUGAGCCCGGCCGGCCAGAUCUUCAUGUGCCCCCUGUGCAACAAGGUCUUCCCCAGCCCGCACAUCCUGCAGAUCCACCUGAGCACGCACUUCCGCGAGCAGGACGGCCUGCGCAGCAAGCCGGCCGCCGACGUCAACGUGCCCACCUGCUCGCUGUGCGGGAAGACGUUCUCCUGCAUGUACACCCUGAAGCGCCACGAGAGGACUCACUCGGGCGAGAAGCCCUACACGUGCACGCAGUGCGGCAAGAGCUUCCAGUACUCGCACAACCUGAGCCGCCACGCCGUGGUGCACACGCGCGAGAAGCCGCACGCCUGCAAGUGGUGUGAGCGCAGGUUCACGCAGUCCGGGGACCUGUACCGGCACAUCCGCAAGUUCCACUGUGAGUUGGUGAACUCCUUGUCGGUCAAAAGCGAGGCGCUGAGCCUGCCCGCGGUCAGAGACUGGACCUUAGAAGAUAGCUCUCAAGAACUCUGGAAAUAAUUUUAUAUAUAUAUAUAUAAAUAAUAUAUAUAUACCUAUAUAUAAAUAGAUCUCUAUAUAGUUGUGGUACGGUCUAAAAGCAGUCUCGUUUCCUGGAACUGAAAGGUUGGGAUAUUAACUUGUUUUUGCACUUUAGAAUAGCAUGAGAAUCUCACUAAUUUAGCAUCCUGAUUAAAGAAACUUUAGAGCAAGUCGGAGAAUAGAGAGGUGUUUUUUUCUUCCUUUCUUUCGAGGGGGUAGGGGAAGUAAGCCAAUAAGAACCUUUGAAACAAAUCGUCCUAUCACAAAAUGCUUUCAUAGGGUCUGUUUUGUCAGCACUGCGGUGUCUUUUGAGCUCUCUCCUUUUUCCCACUUUUUCUUUUUUUUAAAAGUAGAAAUUCCCUCCAGUUUUAUUAGCCUCUUUAUAUGUCUCAAAUUGCAUGAAGCUUUUCUGGCUGUUGGAAACCUGAAUGCUUUUAGACCCAAAUGGAAAAUUUCUGAAAUGCUGGAUUAUCUAUUUUUAAACAAGCAGUUGACUUAAAACUUUCUGUGGCAACUUCUGGUUUUCUGACGGUUCCCAAUGAGAGAAAUUCUGAAAGUACACUGGGAUCACUGGGACGCUGUCUUUGUGAAGGUUUGCUUGGGAUGAAAAAGGAUAUUGCAGCUUCAGCAGUGUUGAACUGUGUGUUGAAAAAUGUGAAUUACUGUUAUUGUAUACUGUAAUUGAUUACAUGGGCUGGGGGGGGGUGUCAAAGGACUUGACAGGUUGUGUUGAUGCUCUUAGUUGAGUCUUGAAAAGUAAAUAUUAACGCUACAGAAAUGCAUGAGUUUCAAUAUAUUUUUUGUCUUUGUUUGCAUUGUAUAACUUUAACGAGUGAGUUUAAAAUUAUUUAAUUUCCUUAGAGAAAUAGCACCAUUUGAAAAAAAAAAAAAACCUGGUGUUAUGAAGAACGUUAAUGCACUGUUUUUAUUUUUAUUUUAUAUAAUUUAAAUUGACUUUCCCACUGUCUUUAAGUUGAAACUGUUAAGCUGAAUAAAAACUUAAGCUGCAAAUUGAUAACUUCGCUACAUAACAAGGAAAAUAUAAAUGUUUACAAAUGGCUUAAAGAUCUGCAUGUGCAGUGUGCAUUUAUAACAAAACUUCUGAUUGCACAAAACCCAGGCCAGCUCAAAGUUUAGAUGUACACAUUUACCCAGUUGAGCGUUUUUAGAGUAACUACUGCACAAAUUGACAAUAGGUCAUUCUUUUUUUUUUCCUCCCCUUUUCUUUUUCUCUCCUUCCUUUCCCCUCCCUUCCUCCCUCCAUCCCUUACCCCCCAUCCCCUCCCCCAUCCCCCCCACACCCCCAACUCAUGAAAAGAUUCUAUGGACUGAAAAAGCCCCAGGCUGAAUGGACUGGACUGCCUUGAUUGACACGGGGAAGGGGGUUAGUAGACUAUGUGUAUCGCGGCAGCAGAGGCUGCAGCCCAACGUGUGGUUUUAAUGACCAGCACACAGGGCAAAAGCAUUUUGCACAGUGUUUGUUUUCCUGUCUUGCACUUACAAAUAAGGUCUAUGGGAGUAGCAUGGAAAACGUUUGCUGUUUUUCCCUUUUUUUUUUUUUUAAAUUGCUUUUGUUUAAAAUUUGAUCGCCUUAACUACUGUAAACAUAGCCUAUUUUUGUGCUUAAGAUACUGAAUGGAAAACUCCAUUGUGUGUUGCUGGACUGUUUUGGAAAUAUUUGGUCAAAUGUGUGUUAAUUUGGCUGUAAUGGCAUUUAAAGCAAACAAACAAACAAAAAAAGCUGUGAAAAUGGCCUUGGAGCAUUAUCUUUAGUUACUUGAAGAGUUUCUAGUUUUUUUAAAGUACAGUUUAUGUUAAGAUAAUUUUUAUUAAUUUAGAGAAGACAAUCAGUGUCUGUGAGAAAACGGACUUUCUUUUGGAUUUUCUUUUUGUGGUCAUUGUGAGUGAUUGCUUUUUCCUUUUAUUAGUUUCACAUUCUUCCUUUGUUCUAAAACUUAGACUGACAUCUAGCUUUGACAAUCAUAGUAUGUUUUAUUUUCCUGAGGGGGGAAUAACUUAUAAUGCUGUUUAGUUUUGUACUAUUGGUGUGUUGGUGAAUUUUUAAACUGUGUGCUAACUGCAAUAAAUUAUAUGAACUGAGAA